GCGUGCGCGGAGUGCUUGAGUGAGCGCGGAGAGUGGGCAGACGCGGCACGCCGUGCGCCUCCGCGGCUGCGCUACGACAACGAGUCCCGGAGCGGCCCCACGCCUGCCGCACCAGCCCUCGCCCGCCCGGGGACAGGCGCCCGGCUGCCCCGCCGUCUCCCCCGCGAGCACCCGGCCGCCGCCGCCGCGAGGGCCCCGGGCGGAAGGGGGCGGGGUCCCUGCUUGCCCCGCCCCCGCGGAGGGAUACGCGGCGCCGCGGCCCAAAACCCCCGGGCGAGGCGGCCUGGGCGGGUGAGGCGCUCUGCCUGCUGCGCGUCUACGCGGUCCCCGCGGGCCUCCCGGGCCCACUGCGCCGCGCGGACCGCCUCGGGCUCGGACGGCCGGUGUCCCCGGCUCGCCGCCCGCCCGGAUCGGCCGCGGCUUCGGCGCCUGGGGCUCGGGGCUCCGGGGAGGCCGCUGCCCGCGAUGCUGCUCUCCAAGUUCGGCUCCCUGGCGCACCUCUGCGGGCCCGGCGGCGUGGACCACCUCCCGGUGAAGAUCCUGCAGCCAGCCAAGGCGGACAAGGAGAGCUUCGAGAAGGCGUACCAGGUGGGCGCCGUUCUGGGUAGCGGCGGUUUCGGCACGGUCUACGCGGGCAGUCGCAUCGUCGACGGGCUCCCGGUGGCCGUGAAGCACGUGGUGAAGGAGCGGGUGACCGAGUGGGGCAGCCUGGGCGGCGCGACCGUGCCCCUGGAGGUGGUGCUGCUGCGCAAGGUGGGCGCGGCGGGCGGCGCGCGCGGCGUCAUCCGCCUGCUGGACUGGUUCGAGCGGCCGGACGGCUUUCUGCUGUUGCUGGAGCUGCCCGAGCCGGCGCAGGACCUCUUCGACUUCAUCACGGAGCGCGGCGCCCUGGACGAGCCGCUGGCGCGCCGCUUCUUCGCGCAGGUGUUGGCAGCCGUGCGCCACUGCCACAGCUGCGGGGUCGUGCACCGCGACAUCAAGGACGAAAACCUGCUGGUGGACCUGCGCUCCGGAGAGCUCAAGCUCAUCGACUUCGGUUCGGGCGCGCUGCUCAAGGACACGGUCUACACCGACUUCGACGGCACCCGAGUGUACAGCCCACCGGAGUGGAUCCGCUACCACCGCUACCACGGGCGCUCGGCCACCGUGUGGUCCCUGGGCGUGCUGCUCUACGACAUGGUGUGCGGGGACAUCCCCUUCGAGCAGGACGAGGAGAUCCUGCGCGGCCGCCUGCUCUUCCGGAGGAGGGUCUCCCCAGAGUGCCAGCAGCUGAUCCGGUGGUGCCUGUCUCUGCGGCCCUCAGAGCGGCCGUCGCUGGACCAGAUUGCGGCCCAUCCCUGGAUGUUGGGGGUGGACGGGGUCGCCCCGGAUAGCUGUGACCUGCGGCUGUGCACCCUCGACCCUGACGACGCGGCCAGCACCACGUCCAGCAGCGAGAGCUUGUGAGGAGCUACACCUGACUGGGAGCUAGGGGACCACCUGCCUUGGCCAAACCUGGGACGCCCCCAGGCCCUGACUUUCUCUUGCGUGGGCCGUCUCCUCCCGCGGAAGCAGUGACCUCUGACCCCUGGUGACCUUCGCUUUGAGUGCCUUUUGAACGCUGGUCCCGCGGGACUUGGUUUUCUCAAGCUCUGUCUGUCCAAAGACGCUCCGGUCGAGGUCCCGCCUGCCCUGGGUGGAUACUUGAACCCCAGACGCCCCUCUGUGCUGCUCUGUCCGGAGGCGGCCUUCCAUCUGCCUGCCGGCCGGGAGCUCUUUCCGCCGGCGCAGGGUCCCCAGCCCACCUCCCGCCCUCAGUCCUGCGGUGUGCGUCUGGGCACGUCCUGCACACACAAUGCAAGUCCGGGCCUCUGGGUCCGCCCGCCCACGCGAGCCGUACCUGCCGCCAACUCUGUUAUUUAUGGUGUGAUCCCCUGGAGGUGCCCUCGGCCCACCGGGGCUAUUUAUUAUUUAAUUUAUUUGUUGAGGUUACUUUCUCUGAGCAGCCUGCCUCUCCCAGACCCCAGGGGACAGUGGGGAGGCAGGGGAGGGGGUAGCUGUGGUCCAGGGACCCCAGGCCCUGAUUCCUGUGCCUGGCGUCUGUCCUGGCCCCGCCUGUCAGAAGAUGAACUUGUACAGUGGCUAAUUUAAGGGGAGUGGGUGACCCCGACACUUCAAGGCACUGUGCCCGGGGUGCGGGUUUUAAAUUAUUGACUUUGUACAGUCUGCCUGUGGGCUCUGAAAGCUGUGGUGGGGCCAGAGCCUGAGCGUUUAAUUUAUUCAGCACCUGUGUUUCUGUGAAUGCGGUGUGUGCGGCCAUCGCAGAUGGGGUUCUUUCAGUUCAAAAGUGAGAUGUCUGGAAAUCAUAUUUUUUUAUACAGGUAUUUCAAUUAAAAUUUUUUUGUACAUAGUG